AUGUCGUCCGAUCCGACCGCAGACGCUAUCGUCAGCCAGGAGGACGCGAUGACUUUCGAAGGUACCCAAAUCUUUGAGAACUGGAACUCUGGCAUUAAAUCCGUGUUUCUUCCCUGCGAACCUGACAAGAAGGCGCUGUUCCAAAUGGCAGUCCCAGUUGGCGAACUCAAGUAUGACCGUCCCCUCGACGCACGGCAGCGUUAUGCGGAAGUCACACGACAGAACAAGCCGAAGAAACGCAUCUACGCAAAUGCUUGGCUCGAAGUCCAGCUCCAAGACCUGCCUCAUCCAUGUGGCCUCAAGAGAAUUUGGAGAGACGGUCUUGGUCAUCUCAUCAGCGGCGAACAUGUCAGAUACAAGGAUGGCAUUACGGAUGUAGAGGCUAUCACCCGGGCGUGUAUCAACUGGGACCAGGCUGAGAGGAACCGGUGCAGAAACUACAACAGUCAACUUAUCGUUACACUGGCCCGUCUCCAGAUCAUUGAGUUUGCAAAGGCCGGUACCAGCGAGAACCCCAAAGUGCCUGCGGACCUCAAGGUCAAUAGACGCUUGAUGCUAUGCCGACUGAUCUCGGAUGACAUCCACAAAUUAGUUACUUCGUGGAACAAUUUGGCCGAGAGCCUGGAGAAGCUGGAUUUGGGAAGGCCCUAUCAGAUCAUGUGA